AGGAAACUUAUCACAUUCAGGAAACUUGUCACUUAGUUGAACCUUCAACGCUUAACAAAAUGAACUACAGUGUCUUCCCCGGAGCUGUCUAUCCCGGUUCCUACUGGGGCAGUUGUGGCUACCCCUUGGGCUAUAGUGUUGGCUGUGGCUAUGGCAGCACCUAUUCACCAUCAUGCUAUGGCUUUGGCUAUGGAUACAAUGGUUGUGGACCAUACGGCUACAGAAGAAAUUGGCCUUUUGGACUCUACUGAUGGGCUUAAGCAACUGAAACUUAUCAAGUCUGCAUCUGUCUGCCAUCUCUGACAUUGCUGCUCUUCUAGUUUGGUGCCAGGUCCUGUAGAACCAGCUUACAAGCCUGGAAUAUCAAGAUGGAGGACCAACUUCACAUCAAGCUGAAUGAACUGGAUAUUAAUCAUUUGGACAUUUAUGGCAUGUCAGAGCUUUAAUCUCAGUUCUCAUGAAUCUUUCAUUACUUUGAUCUUUUCUGUCUUCUGAGUCUAUUGAAUUCUCAAUAAACUUGUUUCAGAUAGCAUAAGAAAUUA